CAUUGCAGCGGAUUAGGGGAGGGGAUAUGCCACACGUAGAUCACGUGCUAAAUUCGUUAACGGUACUUCCCGAAGAGAUAAGAAGGUAGUAAUUGAUGUUGAGUAUGUUAAAGUUGCGACGAUGUUGAAAAACAAGCUGGGAAAAACUGUAGCAGAACAUUUUACUUACUUUCUGGUCAGUAAAGGUUAUAUGGAAGAUGAAUACUGUAUGAAUAAGAAGAAGUUGACUGAUAUUUUUAAGGAUGAGUACCUGCCACUGUAUCAUGUUCGGAUGACGCCUUACUUAAUCCUUCAAGCUCUUGCGCAAUAUAAAUGUAUCAAAAGAGUAAAUAAGGACACACCAGAGUUAGUACUUUUCAAAGCUUCAAAGGUCCAAGAAAUAGUCUCAAGUCAUGGAGGAAGGGUGCAAGAACCUCUGCCUCCUUCUCCACCAGACAAGUCUGUGACUGAUUCAGUCAUGAAGGUGUAUGUGACACAGCAGCAUGCCUUUCACAUUGGAUUUAAAAGAGAACCUGCAGUUACAAGCACAGAGUGUAAGAUAUGUUCAGUAAACUUUGCUGACGAGGUUCAAUAUGAAGCUCACCUAGGUCUUGAGAGUCACACAGUGAAAGAAGCUUAUAGAUCAAACAGGAAAUCCCUGUUUAGCAAACACAGCAUUUCAGUAAAGUUUGCAAGUGAAGAUGUGGUGGAAGAAAUAAUUGUUAGGGAUGGUGCUGUGGGAAGUGUUUCAGUUACUGUUUCUAAUACAGGCAUGGCACAUUGUCAACUACUGAAGAUAUUUGUGUUAUAUCAGUUAACAGAAAUUGAAGAAAUGUUGCCAGCACUUCCUCUCCACUUAAAACCAGGUGGCCAUAUAACCAUUUCAUUGGAUUAUGACUUUCGUAAUUCAGGAGCGUAUUUAUAUCCUCUGCUACUGAAGGUACUGGAUUCUAGGAACAUUUCAUCAUACAUCCUUAAGGAACUGGUAUUUCGAGUCCAGUCAGAGUUAAUGGAUGACCUAAAGCCAACAUCCCCCUACAAAAGACCACUGAAGAAUGUAAUGAAGCAUUGUGAAGGACCUAUAGUGUAUGGAGAGCCUAUGCCUCCAAUACCAAAUCGGUUGGUUUCUGCAAGGAAGUUACCACAGUAUGAAUUUCCUCAAGCAUUGCGCCAUGUUAUUAAUCAUGGCUUUAAGCCCUUGGAGAACAUGAAUCCUGCUGUUGCUCAGAAACUGAAGGAAGUGAGGUUGUUAUUAGGACAGGAUGGUGAGAAAUUACUGAAGGAGGAGAAGUACACACCAUUCUUUAGACUACUUCUAUACAUUGAAGAACAUCAGAUGGAAAAUGAUAUUCAUGCAUAUGACUGUAAAGGCCAAAAAAUGGAAGCUGUGGAUGGAAACAAAAAUUUGCUGUGCUUAACGGUGCCUGGUCUGGCAGAAAAUCGACCAUCUGUCCUUCGUGGUGACAGCAUUUUUGUGAUGAUAGAAGGAGAGAAGUCUGUGAAAUAUGAAGGAGUGGUUCAUCAUGUGAGGGAGUUGGAACUUUUGUUGGGCUUUCACAGAUCUUUGAGAGAGAAAUUUUUGCCCAACAUGAAGUUCUGCGUCCAAUUCGGGUUCAAUCGUUGGAAUCUCCGCUGCCAGCACAGAGCUCUUGAAAUGAUAAAAAGCCAUGGUAUAACAAAUCACCUGUUUCCUAGUAAACACACAACAAUUCCACUCAGGAAUGUGACUAUAACCAAGUGGUUCAGUAAACACCUGAGUGGGAACCCAAAGCAGCGGCAGGCAGUGCAGAGCAUAGUGUCAGGCACAUCAUAUCCUGCUCCCUAUGUCAUAUUUGGUCCUCCUGGUACUGGCAAAACUGUUACUAUUGUGGAGGCUGUCACUCAGUUGUACCAUCUGGACAAGCCUAAUGGACAUCUUCUGAUUUGUGCACCAUCUAAUUCAGCAGCAAAUGAAGUCACCAAAAGGCUGCUAAUAUCAUGCCAAGGCCACAUUCCAGACAGAGACAUAUUCCGCCUCUAUGCUGCCUCAUAUAAUGUUGGAGCUAUUCCUGAAGAGCUAAAGAAAUGUAGCAACUAUACAGAUGAUUUCUUUUUUCCAUCAAAGGAGGAAAUAAUGAAAUAUGCUGUUGUAGUGGUAACACUGGCCACUGCUGCAAGGCUUGUCACUGGAGGUAUUCCUGCGGGUCACUUCUCUCACUUAUUUAUUGAUGAGAGUGGUCAGGCUGUGGAGCCAGAAACAUUGAUCCCAGUAGGUGGUCUCUUCACCAGCGAGAAAGAGAACGGCAGAUUGUUUGGACAGUUGGUGUUGGCUGGUGACCCAAAGCAGUUGGGACCGAUACUGCGAUCCCCAGUGGCUAUAAAUCUUGGUUUAGGUAUGUCUUUCCUUGAACGAUUGAUGAACCAGUGUGACUUGUACAAGAAGAAUGAAAGAGACCAGCUUUAUAACCCAGCUGUACUUACCAAGUUGGUGCAGAAUUUUCGAUCACACAAGUCAAUACUUGCUCUGCCAGAUAGAAUGUUUUAUGAAAAGGAACUACAGGUAUGUGGUGAUCCCGUACUAACAUCUUUGGCAUGCAGCUGGGAAGGUCUUCCAAAGAAGGGAUUCCCAUUAAUCUUUCAUGGAGUGAAGGGUAAGGAUCAGCGAGAAGGAAAUUCCCCAAGUUACUUCAACGUCCAGGAGAUUGAGGUGAUUGUGCGUUAUGUGGAACAACUGUUGGCAGAUCGUUUCAGUGGUCGAAAACUCAGGCAACAAGACAUUGGUGUUAUUACACCAUACAGAAAGCAGGUUGAGAAGAUUAAACAAACUUUCAAGAAAUGUAAGUGGGAACACAUCACUGUAGGCUCUGUGGAAGAAUUCCAGGGUCAAGAACGUCUUGUAAUCAUAAUAUCAACAGUUCGUUCUACUGUGGAACUUCUUCAAGAUGAUUACAAGCUUCAUCUUGGUUUUCUGAAAAAUCCAAAGAGAUUCAAUGUAGCCUUGACACGUUCAAAAGCUUUGUUAAUUACUGUGGGAAAUCCAGAUAUUCUUCAGCAUGAUGAACAUUGGCGAGAACUGAUCUUAUUCUGCAGGGAUCAUGGAGGUUAUAAAGGCUAUCCACUUAGGUUAAGCCCUUUGUCUCAGCAAGUGGAACACAUAACUUUUGAUCUCUCUUCUCUAAGAAUUGACCUAGAAGGGAGCAGCAACACACAAGAUGCUCCACAAUGGCACAGUGACAUAUAGUUUCCAUUGGAUAAUGUGAUGAUCAGCAGUAUUUCAUAAAUCUCAAGAUAAAUCCGUGAUAUGAUUUUGCAUUUUGGAAGCUGUAAUGUGUGUUAGAAGUAGUGGGAUUUUGUCAUGCUGUAAUUCUUCAUAUCCUAGAACAAAUGCCAGAUGCAAUAUGAAAACAAGAAUGAGAGAAAUUUCAUCAUAAUAAAAAAAAGAUACAUGUACCUGGAACAGUAAGUUGUAAUUGAUUUGAUUUUAUCAAACAUUGAAUUUGUCAUUUAAAAUGUCUUUUAACCAUAUAUAUUUUUAUACAUCAUUGCUGUAUAAUGUAAAAUUAGGCGAGUGGAACUGGAUGCAUGUCAUUAAGAAUCCGUCUAGCAUCUUCAGCAUUUUAUAUGCCCAUACUGUAGCAGAUUCCUGCCAAAUGUUGGGCUACGCAGUGCAGACUGAAAGGGGUUUUGCUUCAGGAAAUGCUGAAUAUGCCCAGUGCUUCAUUAUUUCUUCUGCCUAUAGUAUGGGACAUUCAGUUACAUGUAUAGUCUUUCUAAGGGUCUUGACUUUUAUUUAAUGAUUUGCAGUGGUUGUAUAUCAACAUGGAAUGUUUUAUGCAUACAUUCUAAAGAUUGGGGAAGUAGUGUAAUACUGUAUCUAGUUAGUACAGAAAAUUAAAUUCUGUAAGUCACAUUUUAAAAAAGGUUGUUGUCUUUUUUGCAUUGAAUUACUUAUAUGAAUAUGAUGUUAUAUCAUUAUGGUGAUGAAAAUGAUUGAGAAAUUAAAAAUAUGCUAUUAGCACUGUAUUUUGUUUCUGAAAUAUCAAAUAAUUUCUUGGAAAGUUGCAUGUAAUGAUAUAUAUGAAUAUAAUUUUUUCAACAGAGAACAUGUAUUUUAAAAUGAUCUUUCUUAUAUAUCAGUGCAUGACAUAGGGACGGAAGACAGCAAUCUUCAUACUUAUCACCAUGCCAACCUCACAUCUCAAACUGAAGUAGGUUGGUUUGAAAAAACUGGGAAGGAGGUGAGUGUGAUUUUCAUGAAAUCCUUGAAUUGGGAAAACUGAAAAAGGUCCUCUUUGUUUUGUGCACUUUAAUAGAUUUGAUGUGUGCUUGAAAAAACUAAACAUGUAUUGACCUUUUUUAAUUUCCCAUCAUAAUGGUGGUCAUGUAGUGAAUAAACUGCUUAUAGACAAGGACUGUAUUAAAACCUGUGAUUAGGUUCAUUGUUAAUUUAUAGUUAAUUUAGCAAUGAGACAAUCAGUAAUGAGCUGUUGUCAAAGUAUUCAAAGUUUAAUGUGAAAGAAUUGUGUAGUAAAGAGUAUGUACAAGAAGAGUUGCAUAAUUUGUAGCUAAUCAGAAAUUGAUAAUGUGAUUCCAGAUUGAGUGAUUUCAUAUGUAACCAUUUGUAGUAAUUUGUCAGAUAGUAUUAAACAUGAUACUGGUAUUGUGAAUAAAAUUUGCCAUGACUUUUUAUAUUCUUAAGUAUAAUCUUUCCAACUACUAAUAUUUUUAAGCACUGCUUUGAUACAAGUAUGAAGUUCUUUCUGUUAUGAUGUAGCUUGAUUUAUAAAAAUGUUGAUCAUUUCCAUUGAUAUAUAAGAAUUUUUUUGUUUUUCGUAUAUUAUGAACAUGAUAAAAGUUUGUAACGUUUGAUUCUAUGAUCCAUUGUUAUAGUAAUUAAAGGAAUAUUUUUUUGAAAUGUUUCAAUAGAGUAUGUUGUUUUUUUUAAUUACAUUUGGAAUGAUGAUCAUAAUUCUGUGGAAGCUAUGUGUGAGAUUCAAGAAAAUUUUGGUGUGUGUCUGAAAGUUAUGGAAUUAAAUACAAAUGCCAUCCAUAAAUUGCAUGUAAUUUUUACAAAAUGUUUUACAUAAGAAUUGUUAAAUUUUAAUUGUUAUUGAAGUCAGUUGAUUAAUAUUCUCUGUAUUUAAAAAAAAUAAAUUAGUGCAUUUGCGUGAA